AUACCUCAAGCCAAGAUAGAGCAACCUCUCCUUCGCGUCAAGCCGGAAGACACUAAAGCAUCUGGUGACGGCGCANAAGAAUCUAACGCGUCCUCGACCAAUGCGCCGCUUGCACCUCCACCCGUUCCGAAUAAGGCCUCUAACGGAGACAACGACUACUUCAGCGGAGCUCACAGUGCCGCCCACCUAACCAAGGAACCUAACCCCUUCGAAAGUGCCUUUGGAGGCUCUACCGAGACACCUGGCAAGCCUCAACUUCCUGGAGUCAACAGUCUCACGUCGCCCGCUCCUCUGCUUCCUGGAACCACUCCCAAUUGGCCUGGCUCUCUUCGUUCAGGACCUCUCAGCCCUGCAAUGCUAACCGGCCCCGCUGGUNCGUCCAACGACUACUUCAGCAACGACCAUCACUUUGGCGGCAGUUUCCCUACCCCUAACGAAUCAUCUCUCAGGACUGGCUUGACACCUGGUGGCGGUGGGUCUAUGUUCCCUCAGCCCAGUCCCAACUCGCAAGCAAUCUUCAACGCCAUUCAGAGUGGAGGCGCCACUCCUGGUACUCUUGACUUCCACCGAACUGCUAUGCACGCACGCGCUUCUCAAACAAACGUGAACGGAAACUUCAACAUGCCUCAGCCACCCACUUCCGCCGCUGCCGAUCCCAACAUCCAGCCCAACCUUGACAGCAAGGGCUUCGGCCAGCAGCAGCAGAACGAUACCUUCGAGCAGCACGAUGCCAACGAUGCAGCUAACGGUCUCUUCAUGCUUGCCCAAGCCAGAGGCAACAACCGCAACCAACCUCAGCAAUACCCACCACCUCAGUCACAGCCUCAGAUGAACUACAUGGGCAACCCGCCACACCUUCCUGGGGGUCUUGGCCAACAGGGACACGACGGGUCAGCCAACAUGUCAGCUCGCGCCAACAAGAACUCUAUCGCCAGCAACCUUUCGGGAUCAACACAAAAUGAGCACGGCAACUUCUCUGAUAGUGAUGGUGGAGACGUCAAGCCUACCAGAGGCAAGGGAAAGAAGAACAACAACACUAAGAACUCGAACAAUGGCAGACGCAAGGCCGAGGAUCAACCCAAGGGAUCCAACAAGCGCCAGAAGACCAGCAUGCCAUCCAUGGACGAAGACGACUCUGACAAUGAUGACUUGGACAUGGAGAGAGGACCCGACAACAAGAAGAUGACUGACGAAGAGAAGCGUAAGAACUUCCUCGAAAGGAACAGAAAANGAAUUGCCGCCCUCAAGUGUCGUCAGCGCAAGAAGCAAUGGCUGGCUAACCUCCAGCAGAAGGUUGAGAUCUUCUCAACCGAAAAUGAUGCGCUGGCCGCCACUGUCACUCAGCUGCGUGAGGAGAUAGUAGGACUCAAGACUCUGCUGCUCGCCCACAAAGAUUGUCCUGUUUCGCAAGCACAGGGAAUCAGUGGCAUGGCAAUGCAGAACAUUGCUGGCGAACCGCAUCAAUUCGCCAACCCCUAUGGUAUGCAGAUGUCUCAACAUAUGCAGCAGGGAGUACCCUCGCAGGCCAACAUGCAGAGACGGUAG